UUUACCUAUAGCUUUUUGUAUCAACCAUUUACAAUUUUAUGAGUUAGCUAUUUUUUUUUGGUGUCCCACGAUCCCUCCCUUCGGGGAUCAGCUGUUCGCGCAUGUGCAUCUGGCGCUGAGGGGAGCUCCGCCAGUGACGUGCGGGGUGACGCGGCGUCGCGCAAGUCCUUCGCGCAUUUACGGAAUAGUGUUCACUGCCGGUACACGUAUCAAGCGUGCGGCGUUCGCUUAUAGUGUAUUGUUUGCUUCUCUGUGUAGACAGGCCGCGGUGCGUCCCACUGGGCCGUUCGCCAGCAUGGACGCACUUUUGGCAGCCCUCGUUGCCCUUAUGGCAUUAGCCGCCGCGAUGGCCGCCGUGCUAAGCACGCUUUCUAAAGCGGCGAUUUUCGCGAUCCUUGCGAUUGCUCCCUGCGUAUAUCGAUACAGAAAAAGGAUUUAUGUCAUUGUGAAAACUUUGCCCAGGGAUGCCAAAUUCUUGUGGCGGUAUGCAAACGCUAUGGUGCGGUCGAAGCGCUGGGGGCGUAACAACAGCACGGUGGCGGAAUUGUUUACCAAAAGGGCCCUAAAGACGCCGGACGCUCCAUGUUUCAUCAUGGUCGAAGGACGGACUUGGACUUUUCGAGAGAUAGCAGAAAAUUCAAACCAAGUGUCUCGGGUGAUGCAGGAACAUCUAGGUUUAAAACGCGGUGAUGUCGUGUGUGUGUUUAUGCCCAACUGCGUUGAGUAUGUUUACACGUGGCUGGGUAUGGCGAAGCUCGGCGCCGUGUCCGCGCUCAUCAACAGCAACCUUCGCCAUCGUCCGCUGCUGCAUUGUAUCCAAGUGGCUAAAGCCAAGGCGAUCGUAUUCUCAGAUUCGCUGGCUGGCGCUAUAUCGGAGUUGGGGGAUCAGCUGCCUCCUGAGCUGAAGCUAUUUCAGCUGUACGGCAAGUGCCCCCCUGGGGUUAUUGACCUUCGGGCUGAGAUGGAUAAACAGGUUCCAGAAUAUCCUAUAGUGACAGACAAGCCUCGAUAUAGAGAUACGCUUCUGUAUAUUUACACGUCAGGCACGACCGGUAUGCCAAAGGCGGCGGUAUUGCCAAACUCAAAGUAUCUGCUGAUAGUGGUGGCGACGGUCCACAUGCUCGGCCUCCGCUCGUCCGACCGCCUGUACAACCCUCUGCCGCUGUACCACCUGGCUGGCGGGCUGGUGGGGACCUGCGCCGCGCUCGUGGACGGCAUCCCCACCGUGCUGCGGUCCAAAUUCUCCGCUAGCCACUACUGGACAGACUGCAUCAAGUAUGAUUGUACGGUGUCUCAGUACAUAGGCGAGAUGUGUCGUUACCUGCUGUGUGCUCCGCCCAGACCCACGGACACUCAACACCGCGUCCGCAUCAUGGUAGGGAACGGCAUGAGGCCGGCCAUCUGGCAGCAGAUCGUUGACAGGUUCAAAGUACCUCAGAUAAAUGAAAUAUACGGCGCGACGGAGGGAAAUGCAAACAUAAUCAACGUGGACAAUACAGUGGGCGCUGUGGGCUUCCUGCCCAAGUUGGUGCCCACGUGGUUACACCCCAUAGCACUGGUCCGAGCUGAUGAUGACGGGGACCUGAUCCGCGGCCCGGACGGAUUGUGCAUCAGAUGCCAACCCAACGAGCCCGGUAUGUUCAUCGGCCUCAUCGCUCAGGGCAACGCGUCCAGGGAGUACUACGGAUACGUUGAAAAGAGCGACAGUAACAAGAAGCUGGUCCGCGACGUGUUCUGUAAGGGAGACGCGGCUUUCGUCAGCGGAGAUAUUCUGGUGGCGGACGAGCUCGGGUACCUGUACUUCAGAGACAGGACCGGGGACACUUACAAGUGGAAGGGGGAGAACGUCGCCACGGCCGAGGUGGAAGACGCGGUGAGGGCGGCCAUCGGACAGAGAGAUGUCGUCGUCUACGGAGUCUCGAUCCCUCAAACGGAAGGCCGCGCUGGUAUGGCCGCUGUGAGUGCAGCCAGCGUAGACGGACGGUCGCUGGCGGUAGCGCUCGACCACGCGCUACCAUCAUACGCGAGACCGCUGUUCCUCAGGCUCAUGAAGGACAUAGAGAUCACCAGUACGUUCAAGUUAAAGAAGCGCCAGUAUCAGAAGGAAGGUUUCGACCCGGACGUGAUCCAGGACCCGCUGUUCUUCCGCUCCGGGGACGACUUCGUCCCUCUGACGUCACAACUGUUCGACGACAUCUGCAACGGACGGGUCAAACUAUAAAACGUUUAACGGCUGUCCAAAUAAAGUUGAAAAAAUAAGUCACCUGACCCAAAGGGAAUAUUAUUAGUGUUUAAUUAGCCUCAUUUAGAAAGAACACGUUUAUAUUCAUUAGCACUCUGGCAUGAGCUGUGGGGUACUGGGCGAGUCCAGAUCCGGCGAGCGGCUGGGGUCGCCGCGAUUGGUACAGCGACCGAGGCCAAAGAAAUGGGUACAAAACAUUUACAGAUAUAUUAUGCGUUUCCGCAACCUGAUGUCCGGCUCCGGAGCUGAUUUAAUUAUUAUUCCGUAGAUGAGGUUUGGUCGUAGUGCUGUGCUAAGACAGUUUGUAUACAUUCUGACCUUACGUUGUUGUACUUAUUUAUUAUAAAAGCAUUUCACAUUACAGUCGAGGUCAAUUCACUGUCAUAUCGCAUUUUUAAAAAACAUUUGAAUAUAUGUAAAUUUGUUAGCUUUGGGCUUUGACAGAAACAAGGAGGUCUCAUGAUCCGGAAACCGAUUAAGUUGAUAAUAACCGUAUGACUAAUAGUAAUAAGAUCUCAUUUUGAUUAUCGCUGCAUUGUUCGAGACAAUCUAUUCGCUUGCAGCCCAAAUCAAUGGAAUAUUUGCUUAAUAUUUAAAUAUAUAAUGAAAUUCGCCGUUAGCGUAAUUUAUAAAUUAGCGGAAUACAAUAGAAGACAAUAUGGUAACUUAAGUGUUAGUACCCUGUAAUACUUGUUAGACGACAUUCCGCGCUCUAGUCCUUUAGUCGAGUUACAUUUAUUAUUCCUAUGCCAAUUGCUAGGAAUUGUUAUUUUAAGUUCUGGUUUCAUAUAUUUCAUUAAUAUAUUGUGCCUUGUCACAAGAACAGCGUAAUGGGACUAAAUCAGUUGCUCCAAAAAAUUACCGUAAGUUGUAAAUAAAUAUAUGUAAAAUGGAA